GCAUUGCUGCAGCUCGCUUCUCAUACGCAAUCCCUGGGUGGGUGGUUGCCAUGGUUUCUCGGGUCACAUGCGUGGGUUUCCUGUAACCAGCAAGAGCAGCAGAAGAUGCCAUUUUCAUUCAACAUACUGAAAGGAUUCUCUACAUUGCACGUGGAUUAUAAAACAUUCACCGGGCAAUUAAGCGUUUUUCCCAGUUUCAUUUCUUUCAGUCUCUUGUAUUUAGAAUUGAACAUAAUUAUUUCGUUAUUUGGGAAGCACAUUAAUUGUACAUUUUAUUCGUAUUUCUCAUAGAUUUGACAUCAGGAAUGAGUAUAGAAAUUCCUGAAGGAUUGACGGAGCUGUUGCAGAGCUUUACCGUGGAAGUGUUACGGAAUCAGCCGGGAGAUUUGCUCGAAUUCGCGUUGCAGUAUUUCACCCAACUGAAGGACAGUGAGACUACCGGGGCCGCGUUCGGCAAUGACCAACAUUCGGCCACGCGACCCAGUGGGAAAGCGGUCAAUUUCAUCGACGAAGCCAUGCAGAUCGAUUCUGAAAAUGGAGAGGAAGAGGAGAGUGACGACGAGGAAUUCAUUGCUCCAGUGAUGAGUCGAUUCAUUAGAAGAGCAUCAGUUUGUGCCGAGGCGUUCAACCCUGAUGAAGACGAGGAAGACAAAGAACAGAGGGUCACCCAUCCUAAAACAGACGAACAGAGACAGAGACUACAGGAGGCUUGCAGAGACAUCCUGCUGUUCAAAAACCUGGACCCGGAACAAUUUUCCCAAGUACUGGACGCCAUGUUUGAGAAGUUCCUUGAGGUAGGAGAACAUAUCAUAGAUGAAGAUGCCGAUGGCGACAACUUCUACGUCAUUGAAAGAGGGACCUUUGACAUCUAUAUGAGGGUUGAUGGUGUAGAGAAGACCGUGGGAGCCUAUGAUAACAGGGGAAGCUUUGGGGAGCUGGCCCUGAUGUACAACACCCCCAGGGCUGCUACCAUCAUCUCCACCUCGCCCGGAGCCCUCUGGUGCCUGGAUCGUCUGACAUUCAGGAGGAUCAUAGUGAAGAACAACGCGAUGAAGAGGAGACUGUACGAGGAGUUGAUUGAAUCACUUCCACUGUUAACAUCAUUAGAGCUCUCAGAGAGAAUGAAGGUGGUGGAUGUGUUGUCUUCUAGAGCCUUCUGCGAUGGAGAACAGAUCAUCUCUCAGGGUGAUCUAGCAGAUUGUUUUUAUAUAGUUGAAUCUGGGCAAGUUAGAAUCGCCAUGAAGAGAACCAGGACGAAAAAGGACCAAGAGGAUGUGGAUAUAGCUACAUGCUCCAGGGGGCAGUACUUUGGAGAACUGGCCCUCGUCACCAACAAACCCAGAGCUGCUUCAGCCUACGCUGUGGGAAGUGUCAAGUGUUUAGUUAUGGACGUGCAGGCGUUUGAGAGGUUGCUGGGCCCCUGCAUGGACAUCAUGAAGAGAAACAUUGCAAAUUACGAAGAGCAGCUGGUUACUCUGUUUGAAUGUAGCACCACUGACAUUGAGGAGAUUAACCCAUGAAAAGCAGAAGGGUAAAAAGACAGUGAGAUGC